AUGACCUUGCACAAGCCGAAUGGCAUCACUACUUUUGAGCACUUUAAAAAGGCGCUACUGACUGAAGUUGAUGCUCUGUUAUACGUGGAUACAGAUGUUAUAUUUUUAUCUCCCAUAUCAGACAUUUGGCAAUAUUUUGAACGAUUUAAUGCUUCCCAAUUCGCUGCUCUGACCUCGGAGCAUGAAGAUGAAAACAUUGGUUGGUACAAUCGUUUCGCGCGCCAUCCUUUCUAUGGCCGGAUGGGAGUAAAUUCAGGUGUUAUGCUUAUGAAUCUCACUCGAAUGCGAACGCACAAAUGGGUUUCACAUAUUAUACCCAUAUAUAAUGAGUAUAAAUUACGUAUCACUUGGGGUGACCAGGACAUAAUUAAUGUGUUUUUUUAUUAUAAUUCAGACGCCCUCUUUCUGUUGCCUUGUGAAUAUAAUUAUCGACCAGAUCACUGUAUGUAUAUAAGUGUGUGUAAUGUAUCGGCUGAAGGAAUUAAGUUAUUACACGGUAACAGAGGCAACUUUCACUCUAAUAAACAACCUCUUUUUAGAGCGAUUUAUGAAGCAAUAGAAACUUAUAAGAUUGGCACAAACCCUUACUUGGAUUUUGUAUUACCACUAAAUGCAUCAUUGAACGAAAAUGUAGUAAAAGAAACGAACUGCGGAUUGCUAACUGAAGAAACGAUGCGUCUUGCAAAACACAUGUUUGCAAGAUAUCAAAAGAAAAUGCAUGAUUGAAAGUAAAUUUUAUAUAAUAAUAUUUCAAUUAUAUUUGUUAAAAAACAUUGUUCAGUAAUAAAGUCUUUAACUUUUGUUUUGACUACGAUAAUUUUCCAGGCGCUUCAGCAAAUAAACGUUACGUUUUUUAAAAAAUACA